ACACUUCUUGCCUCCUGCUGUCUUCCUCUUCUGCAAUAGUCCGCUCUGCUUUGUGUGCACGCUUUAUCAUGAUGCAUGUGGACAGCAUCUUGGGUCUCUCCUUGUUCCUUUCGCUGAGUUUAGGAUGGACGAAGGCUCAACAGACCAAUUACACCAGGCCGGUGUUCCACUGUGGAGGAGACCUGGUUGCAGACUCAGGCUUUGUUGGCAGUGAGGGUUUCCCAAGCUUUUACAAACCCAACAGCAAAUGUACCUGGCGUAUCACAGUUCCAGAGGGAACCGUGGUCAUGCUCUCUUUCCGCAUUUUUGACUUGGAGGCUGACUCACAAUGUCGCUACGACUAUCUGGAUGUUUACAAUGGACAUUCAAACUUGGUGCAAAAACUAGGUCGCUUUUGUGGAACUUUCCGGCCUGGCGCUCUUAUUUCAACCACAAACACCAUGAUGUUGGAGAUGGUGUCUGAUGCAGAGACGCAGGGAAGAGGGUUUGUGGCCUAUUUCAGUGGAGCCAAACCAUACAUAGAUGACCAAGAGUUCUGUGGGGGGAAGAUAACAAAAGCCCAGGGAGAGAUCAAGACUCCCAACUGGCCCGACAAGAAAUACCCACCAGGAACCAGCUGCUCCUGGCUUAUCACUGUGGAGCCUGAUAUGGUAAUCCAGGUGAAAUUUGAUAAGUUCGUCUUGGAGGCUGAUACCUACUGUCGGUUUGACUAUGUGGCAUUCUUUAAUGGUGGAGAGAAAGAUGAUUCACGUCUGAUUGGAAGAUACUGUGGCGAUCAGGCACCAGAGCCCAUUAUUUCCAGUACUAAUGUGCUACUGGUCCAGUUCGUGUCUGACCUCAGUGUGACAUCUGAUGGGUUCCUAGCCUACUAUACCAGCAUCCGACGUGGUGCUCAUGUACCAGCUGUUGACACAGGAGCUGGUACGAGGUCCAUCCCCCACAAACCUGCAGUCAAACCUCCUGCACCCAAACGUCCUGCCACCACUGCACAGCCACCUGUCCCCACCACCAAAUAUGUGCCUACUGAGAGACCCAAACCAGUCAAGCCCACUAGAGACCGGGGACAAGGUACCACAGGCCAGGAAAGGAGGGUGCCUAUCGUAAGGCCAAAUGGAAAGAGACCUGUGCCUCAAAAUCCUCUAUGCGCCAAAGCCUGUAAAAGAGAUGGAACCAUCAAGACCAGUUUCUGUGCCAGUGAAUUUGUGAUAACCGGGAAGGUGACCUCCCUGGCCCCUGGGCCCCGAGGCACUCUUAUUGUUAAUAUCUCCCUCAUCAAGGCCUAUAAGGCAGGUCGACUGACUAUAACCCAAGUUGGAGAGACCAUGUCAGUUAGGCUGUUGUCACAGUGCAAGAAAUGUCCGCUGUUACGCAGAGGUCUCAACUACAUUAUCAUGGGUCAAGUGGAUAACGAAGGACGUGGUACCCUGGAACCUGGUGCAUUCACAGCUCCGUACAAAGCCCCACACCACAAAUUAUUAAUGAAUAUCAACAACCAACCCUGUUAACCUCACGACUGUUCAGGCGAGGAAGACAACAAACACACAAAUCCAGACAUUACAAUGUGAAAUGCAGAUCUAUUAAAGGUAUAUUACAGUAAAACCUAACUUUUAACAUUUUAUCCACCAUCUUAAAGGAACACACAAGUUUAAAACAAACACAUGCCGAACCUUAAAUUUGUAAUUUAUAUAUGAAUAAAGGUUUUAUAUCUCUU